CAAUGCAUCAGUCGUGUAUCAGACAAGCACAACAAUGUUCUCCAAAAUCGUAGCUUUGAGCGCCAUCUUGGCCGUCUCCGCGGCUGGCCUUCUGCCUGAGCCACACUACUCCUCCGCCGCGGCCGUGUCCUCCCAGAGCAUCGUGCGUCAUGACCAGCCGUCUGCCAAGCUGGCCGUAGCCGCCCCUGUCUACCACGCCGCCCCCGCUCAAGUCGCCUACCACGCCGCCCCCGCCCAUGUCGCCUACCACGCCGCCCCCGCCGCCGUGACCUACCACGCUGCCCCCGCCCCAGUCGCUUACCAUGCUGCCCCCGCUGCCGUCGCCUACCACGCCGCCCCUGUCGCCAAGGUGAUCGCUCCCGCCGCUAAGGUCCUGGUCGCCCACCACGAGGAGGAAUACGCUCACCCCAAAUACGAGUACUCGUACUCCGUCGCCGACGGCCACUCCGGCGACAACAAGUCCCAGCACGAGAGCCGCGACGGCGACGCCGUGCACGGCGAGUACUCCCUGGUGGAGGCUGACGGCUCCAUCCGCAAGGUCGAGUACUCCGCCGACGACCACAACGGCUUCAACGCGGUGGUCAGCCACUCCGCGCCCGCCCACCACGCCGCCCAAGCCCACGCGCCCGUCCUCCUCGCUCACCACUAAACGUUGGACCACUAAGCAAUACUGACUGACAGAAUGUGAUUAUUAUUACUCUGAGAAAGAGUAAAUGUUGUAAAUAGUCAAUUAUUUAUAAAUAAAAAACGAUUGUUAAAA